AUGACCGUUUUUAUUGCAUCAUUAUUCCUUCCCUACACAAUUCACUUUGAAGUGGAGAGAUCGAAAAUCCCAAAGCUUGCAGGUGAUGAGAUGAUUGAACCAAUUGGCCCAAUAAAUACAAACUAUUCGUCAUCUUCCGAGGGAAAGAUCGCUACUACUGAUAAUGGGAUCCGUCGAUUUCAAGGAACGAAGGUGAAGGACACUGACAAUUCCGCAGGCUCGGAAGAAUCGACCGUUUCAAUAUUGAAGACUCUUGCUAAUAGUAAUCCGGCCACAAAGUCGUCUGAAGAUUUGGAAUGUGGAUCUGUGUCAAGCACUGAUACAGAUAUGGAGUCGGAAAUCAAAGAAAGACAGCAGCGGCAGAGAUCACAACUGGGAGCAAUUUCAAAUGCAUCAGGUGUGGUGUCCGUGCAGGAUUUUUUCUUUAACAAUCCUAAUAGUUCAAGGCUAUCAUUAAGCUCUGCAUCAUUAAACGAUUCUCGAUUGUGCUCUUCAACAGAUUACUUGGGAUCCAGUGUUCCCGAGCCAUUCUAUACAAACGAGCCAUUGUCUUUGCAGGGCAACUUAUCCACAAAUAAAAAAGUCUACGUGAGGCCUAGGCCGUUUACUUUUCAUAACUCAUCAAUGGGUGACUUGACAUUACGUCCCGGCGUGGAUCGACACAGACCGACUCGAAGUUUUGUGGGAAGCUUGGGGAAAACUUUGUUAUCAAGAAAAUUUACAAAAUCCAGUCUAUCGUCACAGAAGUCUCCAUUUGAUAGUAAAAAGGGUUUUGAAGGAGAUGGAGAUACAGCAGAGCUAACAAUUGAUCCGCAAACUUCUCCGGAUUCUGGUAGUUCGGUAGAACAAUGCAAAAUAUCAGACCAUACACAAUCUCUGAAGCCGGCAUCAGGGGAUAAAGCUGAUAAGGAACUUGAUGCAUACUUUGCUGAUAAGACGGAUAGUGGGCAUGUGAUACCAUUCGGUGGAUUUGCAAAGGAUUAUGGAUCGAUACUCGAAGAUAAAAACAAUGUAUUUGCUACUGCUCCUUGGAAAGUUGUUACAUACGAGCAUGGAAAUGGCGGACUUCGCAAUGCCGUGAGAUUGGCCGAGAGUAAAAAUAAACUUCGGGAAGUAAAAUGGAUUGGUACACCUGGCAUGCCAUGCGACUUGGUACCAAAAUGUACAAGAAAAGCAAUUUAUAAAACAUUGAAGGAGGAUUAUGAUUCAGAAACUUUAUUUAUAGAGGACAAUGUUUUUGAAGGUCACUAUGACAGAUAUUGCAAGCAAAUAUUGUGGCCGAUGCUUCAGUACCAGUUACCAGAGGAGCUAAAGGCAAAUUCAUUUAUUAAUUAUUCAUGGGAAGACUAUGUUUAUGUUAAUCGUCAAUUUGCCGACAGAAUUUCAAAUCUUUAUAAAAAGGGAGACGUAAUCUGGAUUCAUGACUAUCAUUUGAUGCUUGUUCCGGGAAUGCUUCGUAAAUCUUUGCCUAAUGCUGAGAUUGGCUUCUUUCUGCAUGUAUCAUUUCCAUCCAGUGAGGUAUUCAGAUGUCUCGCUCAACGUGAAAAGAUAUUAAAGGGCAUGCUUGGUGCAGAUUGUAUUGGCAUGCAAACAGAUGAAUACGUAGCUCAUUUUCUUCAAAGCUGUAAUAGACUUCUUUUGGCUGAUUUCGAUGAGCAUGGCGUUCGUUAUGAUAAUCGAACAAUAAGUGUUACUCAUAAUCCAAUUGGAAUUGAUGCACAUGCGUUACGAAAAGUUCUUAAUGGUGAGGUGGUGAGAAAUUGGAGAAGUUUGGUGAGGGAAAGAUGGCCAGACAAGACAUUAAUUGUAUCCCGUGAUAAAAUAGAUAAAAUACGUGGUGUGAAGGAAAAGCUUUUGGCUUAUGAAAGGUUUCUUACAGAAAAUCCAGAGUACAUAGAGACGACACUACUCAUUCUAAUAUGCAUACCUGGAAGAGCCUCUGCUGAUGAGAGAAUGGAAAAUGAAAUUCUUACUAUUGUUGAACGAAUUAAUUCUUGUGCUCCUAAUAUUGCGAGUGAAAGACCAGUUGUGGUUUUGAAUCAGGAUAUUCAAUUUGAGCAGUAUUUAGCGUUGCUAAGUGAAGCCGGCCUUUUUAUUGUUUCUACCCUCCGAGAAGGAAUGAAUUUGACAUGCCAUGAAUUCGUUGAAGCCUCAUAUGGGGAUCACUCACCAUUGAUAUUGAGUGAAUUUGUCGGAUCUGCAACUGUUUUAUCUGGAGGGGCAUUAAUUACAAAUCCUUACAAUAUAAAGCAAGUGUCCAACGCUAUCAGAACAUGUAUGCAAAUGAGUCCUGACGAAAGAGAACGGAGAUGGAAAGCAAUGCAUGCGGCAGUGUUAAGGCAUGAUUCACUUCAUUGGACAAGUGAAUGUAUGCAGAAUAUUGGGCAAGGGCACAAGCUAAAUACAAGUCAGCAAUCCAGCGAUGUGAAGCAGUUGAUGUGGUCUCAUAUUAAUGAUGCCAUUGUGAAAAGUGCAAAAGCUAACAAAUCAAGCACGCUUCAUUCUCGAAUAUUUUUCAUUAACUUUAAUGAGUUGAUUUCAAAUUUAAAGAUUCAGGGAACUUCUAUUAAUCCAAUUCAACAGAGAUUCAUGGAUAACAUCUUGAACAAUCUUGCGGCAGAUAAAACAAAUGCGAUUUAUUUACUUGGAUCGUCUACAAGAUCUGAUAUGUGGAUGAGAUGUCGCAGUUUAAUUGAUAUUGGCCUUAUAGCUGAGAGUGGUGCCUAUGUGAAACUCACUGAUAAAUCUGAGUUCACACCCUUGAUAUCAAAUAAAAUGCUCUCCUGGGUUAGUGCUGUGGAGCAGACAAUGAAAUCAUGGAGUGAACGUAUUCCCGGAACAUAUGUUGAAAAGGAAACCUGUGUCGUAAAACUGCACACGGAAGGUAGUCAUGAUAUUGAUAAAGAGCAUAAAGAAAAGUUGAUCGGAGAGUUAAUGACACAUAUAAAUGAGCUUUAUGGACAUGACUAUAAUGUCCAUGCCAAAAUUGUUGAUCAGAUCAUUAUAGUAAGACAGAUGGAUUCUAUUACGAAAGCUUUGGACUACAUCAUAAAACAAGGAACACAGAUUGGUGGAAUAAAUAACAUUUCGUUUAUUAUGGUUGCAGGGGGUACCAGUCCUGAUGACGAAGAGCUUUACAGCUAUUUUAAUAGCACUCGAAAUAAGUUUAAUGGUAAUGUUUUAAAUGUCGAAGUUGGUGUUUCGAAAAAAAGCACGAGCGCAGAUUUUAAAUUGCAGGGUGUCAACCAUUUACUGAUAGCAUUAUCACAAAUUUCUUGA